AUGGCCCAAGGAACCGUCAAGCAGGNNAAGGUCAAGACUGAGCCCAAGAAAGUCAUCAAGCCCAAGAAGGCUGCUAUGCUGAAGCAGGCCAACAUGAAGAAGCAUUCCGCCGGUCUGAUCACCUUGACUGAGCGCUCCNUCGCCGAAAAAGCCGGUCAUCUCGAGAUGCUCAAGGGUGGCAAGAAGGACAGACUCGAGAAGGCCAAGAACAAGGCUUUCAACAAGAAGUAG